GAUGACAAGAUUAGCUUCAUUAAUAUGAAACUCGAUUUAAUAGUUUUUUGUUACCACUUUGUUAAUAUUAAAUAACUCAAGCAUUUUUAAACCUGUUCUAUUGUUCCUUCGAUAAUAUUUGCAAAUGCAUAUACAAAGUAUUGUUUUGUAUGCAAUAAAACUGCAACACAAAAUCGCUUUAUCACUCCUACAGUAGAUAUGGUGAAAGCCCGAAAAUUCGUCUACCACAGCCCCUUCGACGGUCUUCCAAAAGAAACCGACUUGAAAUUGGUCGAGGAGGAACUACCACCACUCCGAGAUGGAGAAUUCCUCACGAAAGCUGUAUUUUUGAGCGUUGACCCUUAUAUGAGGUCUCGGGCACCAGGAGUGGACCUUGGGGCGACUUAUAUCGGUUCCCAAGUGGCCAAAGUUAUUGAAAGUAAAAACCCCGAACACCCUGUAGGAGAACACUUAGUUGGGCGCUUCGGCUGGCGCACCCACACGAUUUGUGAUUCAAAUUCGGACUUCUGGCUCGUUCCCGACCUUGAGGGUCUUCCCCUUUCUUACAGUCUGGGCGUUUUGGGAAUGCCAGGAAACACGGCCUAUUUCGGCUUUCUGGAAAUCUGUCAACCUAAACCUGGCCAAACUGUGGUCGUGACGGGGGCUGGGGGCGCAGUGGGGAGCAUCGUGGGGCAAAUUGCCAGAAUUAAGGGUUGCACGGUUAUAGCAAUCGCCGGUUCGGAGGAGAAGGGCAAAUGGCUGAUUGGUGAUUUGAAAUUUGAUCAUUUCCUCAACUACAAAGAUGUUGAUUUUGAGACCAAACUCGAAGGGGUGACCCCGAAUGGGGUUGAUUGCUACUUUGAUAACGUUGGAGGGGAGAUCGCGUCGAUUGUUUUGACUCGGAUGAAUGAGUUUGGCCGAAUUUCGGUCUGUGGGGCCGUUUCAGGAUACAACAAUGAUUUUUCAAUCAAAGCAAGUCCCAUUCAGUACCUCAUGAUUCGGAAGCAAUUGAAAAUGGAAGGUUUUAACGUGUAUAGAUGGCAGGAGCGUUGGUUUGAGGGGAUUUCCCAAAAUAUGAAAUGGAUUCAAGAGGGCAAAUUGCAAUACCGGGAGACUCUAACUGAGGGUUUCCACAACAUGGUUAAGGCCUUUAUUGCCAUGCUUGAGGGCCGUAAUGUAGGGAAGGCUGUGGUCAAAGCGUAAUUACGGAAAACUACAUACUAGGAGACGAAACGAGAUACAAAAUUGCUCGAUUUUUUGUAGUCCGGUCAAAAUAGACAGUUCAAAUAACAAAAAUUCCGACAGAGCUAAAUUUUGGUGGAGACCUUGGG